AUGCAUUUGCUGCUGAUAUUCGCCUUGCAAAUUUGCGCCACCAUAAAAGGAGAUAUUCCUCGUGACUCGUCGCUCACGGAGCAACCUCAGCAAGUAGCACGGGAUUUCUUCAAUAGUCUGCUCCGAAGACUAGUUUUUCAAUACAAAUUGGACCCCUUGAGAAUUAAUAAUUAUACUACGUCAUCCAGCUGGGGGCCAUUUACAGUAACGACAACCUUUUACAGCAUCGCCAUUUGUGGAUUAAGUUCCGUCAAAAGGUCAGGUCCAAAUUUCUUCAAAGCCAACAAGAACGGAACAACUGUGACAGUGAACCUGGCGACAGAUGAGCUCACAUCCACAAUAUACGCAAACGUUUCUGCAUUUGUAUUGGAAUGUUCGAUGAAAAUUAUACUCAAAGCUAAGUCAUUAAGCAUCAGGCUGGCAAUUGCAGAAAAAACACCUCGAGAGCUCAAAGUGGUGUCGUUGGAAGCUGCAUUGGACAGUGUACAAAUGGAGAUAACAAGAAUUGGCGCCUACAAAAGUUUGUGCAAGACAUCGGAAAGUAUGCUUGGAACAAGUAUAAACACAUUAUUAACCACAGAUUUUAACACCACUAUCUACCAACUGAUUGAUCACCAAGUGAAGAGGCUGAACAACUAUGUUAAUGGACACUCAACGGCCAAGUAA